AAAACUGCCUCCACAACAAGACCUCAAAAUUUAUCUCAACUGUCGUUGGAUGAUAUUUCGCACAAAGGAGAUGCCACAGUUCACCAUUUUCUAAUUGGUACUUGUACUACCAUUUUAUUAGCUAGUAGAACAGGAUACCCAACCAAGCUCUAAGGAUGAAGACUUGCGGUGUAGCGGCUCUGGCCGUUCUUUCCACACUGGCCUUGUCAAGGUCAGCCAAUGCUCAGGCUCUCUCAAACCUUGCUUCCGCGUCAUGUCCCUUGAACUGCCAAGCUGAUGGGGCAUGCGCCAGAGGAAAUGCUGACUUUAGUGAAUUUAUGGCAAUUGCAAACAAUGUCCCCUUCAUGAGAGACCGUGACAGCGGAGGUUUCUAUUGUCAAUGUCCACCAGGUCGAACUGGCCUUCUGUGCGAACGCGAGUAUCAGACCUGUGGCGACGGAGCUCACUUCUGCUUCCACGGUGGAAAGUGCCUGACAGGUCUCAAGGAUGCUUUUGGAGUCGAUCAGCAUUAUUGUGACUGUGGCGAUGCUGAGUUUGAGGGAAAGAACUAUGCCGGCAAGUACUGCGAGGCCGAGGCAGUAGAUGUUUGUGGAAUUCAACCAGAAUUCGGUGUCGUCUUUUGUACCAAUGGCGGAAAGUGCCGCGAAAACUUUAUGGACUACUUAGACCAGCCCUGUAUCUGUCAGAAUGGAUUCGAAGGACCUCACUGUGAAUACGAGCAUGGAAAAGUUCCCGGAUGUGAUCUUAUGUGCGAAAAUGAUGGGCACUGCAGAAUUGGAUCUAAGGAUUAUCCACCGAAUGAAGCAUACAGAGAGUUUUGGAAGACUCAUGAUGACAACAGAUACUGCGCGUGCAAGCCAGGCUACUUCGGAUUGCAAUGCGAGAUUCAGGGCCAGCGCUGUGGAGACGAGCAUUGCUUCAAUGGAGCAACUUGCGUCGAUCAAGAAAUGGGAGAUGGCACAACUCGACACUUUUGCGAUUGCACAACUGCAAAUGAUCGAGGCUCGUCAUUUGCCGGUCAGCGCUGUGAGUCUGAGUCAACUUCGUUCUGCACAAAGCUGCCGGAUCACAAUGGACACCAAUUCUGUGUCAACGGAGGACAGUGUCGAAUGGACUCACAUCUAGGGUGCGACUGUUUGGAAGGGUUCAACGGGCCCAUUUGCGAGUUCCGAGAUUCUGUGAAUGACAAUUCUGAGGAGUGCAAGCUAACAUGUAAGCACAACGGAGUCUGUCGACGCGGCGCCAAGGAUGUGGGAUUCUUAAAGAAGUUCAACGUGGACAUGCCGAACCUCGAAGCGACGGCCUCCAACAACUUUGAGCACUGCGUUUGCCCCAAGGGUUACGUCGGCCUCCAAUGUGAACACAGGGUCGAGGUCUGCCCCGGUGGCGAAUCCAUUUGCAUGAAUGGAGCAUCGUGCGUGCCCGAUGAUAGUGACGGCAGACUGAGGUACAAGUGUGACUGUGACUCAGUUCAUACACCUUUCCACAAGUAUGCUGGAGACUUUUGCGAGCUUCGAUCCACAGAUAUGUGCACCCUCAAUGGUCGUGUGGGUGCCGGUUUGAACAAACAUGCAUUUUGCGUCAAUGGAGGACGAUGCCGAGAUCAUGUUGGAGAAAACGACAAGCACCCAGGUUGCACUUGCCCAACAGGUUUUGAAGGCGAGCAUUGUCAGAAGCUAACUGCAGCAGCGCAUAUACAUGACAGUGUCGUAGAGGACCUCCAAACCAACAACAAUGAAAGCAGCGGAGGGGAAGGUGGAGGAUUAUCCACAGGAGGAACUCUUGCGAUUGUGUUGUUUGUCAAUCUUGCUGCAAUUGGAGCCGUCGCGUACUUCUUUUACAGGAGGCAGAGCCGUGCUGCCAGCUUUGAGCCACGACCGACCAAUUUGAUGGCUCGUGACGCACCGCAGCCUCCCACUCUCGAAGAAGUCCUCUCCAAGGGCAGCUUCCAUGACUACUCGGAAAGGAGUAAUUCACACUGCAGUCGAGUCCAUGAUGAUGAUGACGACGGCGACGGCAUCUUCAAGGUUGACGAGAAAGCCAACAUGGUGAAUGUGGCAAUUAUUUGAGGGAACGCUCCUCUCCUUUGAGUUCUCUUGUUCCGAGGAACUUUGUAGUGUAUUUAUAUUGAUAGGUACAUGUCUACUGGUAGCUAUAGUGACCGCGUCAGGUACCCAAACUACUAGCUAGAGGCAGGAAUGCCCAAGCCCAGGGAG